AAUGAAUAAAUUGUUUCGUUUUGCUAAAGUGAUUGCAAGAUCUAUUUAUAAACCUGCUUAAAAAAGCCUUUAUAGAAUACCAUAAAUAAAGCAAGUACUAAAUGACGAUCAUCGAUAGAAAUACUAAUUUUCUACAAUGGCAUUUUAGUAAUUUAAAUUAGAAUAUUUCUAGAAAUCAUUUGUAAAUGAUAUAAUAAUAAAAUUAAGAAUAAAACAAAUAAAAACUAUAGGUUGGACUCUCAGAAUUAGGUAAUUAAGUAUUAAAUAAUUUCUAGCUAAGAUAAAUGCAUAAUUAUUGAAGUAAACUAAUUAUGUUAGGUUUGCAGGGGAUUUUAGUGUUUGUGUAAAUCCUGAAUAGUUUAUUCAUGCAUUAUAAUUUUAUAGAUAAGGAGCAUUAGCAUAAUUCUAUAGUAUUGAUGAUUUAGAGACGAUUAAGAGUGUUUAAUAAUCAGAUUCUGAACUUGAAUUUUAGGAUAGUCAAAUUUUAUGAAAUGAUGAAAUAA